CAAAUCUCGCCAGUUGCAGCCCCUCAUGCAACUCAACGGAACUCUAUUUCCCUUAUAAAUUCUCAUCCAAAUCCCACAAACUCAGUAACAAUAUUUCUCUUAUCUUCUUCUCCUUCGCUUCAUUUUCAUAGAAAAAGACAUGGAGGUUCAGCUUGAGAAACAGCUGCCACAGUCGCAGUCGUAUAAAAAGAUUGUAGCAGUGGCCUCAAUUGCUGCUGGGGUCCAGUUCGGCUGGGCACUUCAGCUCUCUUUACUUACUCCCUACGUUCAGCUUCUGGGAAUUCCUCACAAAUGGGCUUCCCUUAUUUGGCUCUGCGGCCCCGUCUCCGGGAUGGUGGUGCAGCCUAUUGUGGGGUUUCAUAGUGAUACAUGCACCUCCCGUUUCGGCCGCCGCCGACCCUUCAUUGUUGCAGGAGCUAUUCUCGUCGGCAUUGCUGUUGUCCUAAUCGGCUUCGCAGCUGAUUUUGGACACCUGUUUGGGGACUCUGUCUCCCGGCAGGUCAAACCCCGGGCUAUCGCCAUCUUCGUUCUCGGGUUCUGGAUGCUAGAUGUCGCCAACAACACCUUGCAGGGCCCCUGCCGGGCGUUUCUGGCGGAUCUGUCCGGCAGCGAUCAUAAGAAAACUCGUGCCGCCAACAAUUUUUACUCCUUCUUCAUGGCGGUCGGUAAUGUUCUUGGCUAUGCGGCUGGCUCCUACACUCACCUCUACCACAUGCUCCCGUUUACAAAAACAAAAUCAUGUGAUACUUACUGCGCGAAUCUAAAGACUUGUUUCAUCCUCUCUAUAACUCUCCUGUUUACGCUAACCACUGUGGCUCUCACUUAUGUGCGGGAAAGUCCCUGGUCACCGGAUAAAGCCGUCAACGAGGGCGGUGACAAGCUUGGAGAAGGGGGAGGGUCCUCAAAAGAGCCAUUUUUAAAAGAAAUUUUUGUUGCGUUAAAGGGCUUACAAAGACCCAUGUGGAUUCUACUUCUCGUCACGGCGCUCAACUGGAUUGCAUGGUUCCCGUUCUUGCUGUUCGACACAGACUGGAUGGGGCGGGAGGUUUACGGCGGGAACGCCAAUGGAAACGCGGAGGAGCUGAGACUGUACAAUGCGGGCGUGCGCGCGGGAGCCUUGGGGCUGAUGUUAAACGCCAUCCUUCUGGGGCUGACGUCUCUCGGGGUUGAGUAUUUGGCACGUGCAGUUGGUGGCGUGAAGAGGCUGUGGGGGAUUGUCAAUUUUUUGCUGGCGUUUUGUUUGGCCUUGACGCUUUUGAUCACUAAACUGGCGGAGUCUAAGCGGCGGGAGAUGGCUGCCAACGGUCAUGUUUUGGCUCCAGAGGUGGGUGUGAAAGUUGGCGCUUUGGCUAUCUUCACCGUGUUGGGGAUCCCUCAAGCGAUAACUUUCAGUGUUCCAUUUGCUUUGGCAUCCAUAUUCAGCAGAUCUUCUGCUGCUGGUCAAGGGCUUUCCUUGGGAGUUCUUAACUUGGCCAUAGUUAUUCCACAGAUGGUGGUAUCUUUAGUUGGAGGACCCUUUGAUGAUCUUUUCGGAGGUGGCAACAUGCCUGCUUUUAUAGCCGGCGCUGUCUCCGCCGCAGCAAGCGGCAUCUUUGCACUGUCCUUGCUGCCAUCGCCGCCGCCCGAUCAUUCAGCAGAUAAAUCUCCAGUGGUUGGAUUCCAUUAAUUUAUGUGGGAUCCAUUGUUAGUUGAAGCUUGAAAGCUUUUGUUUUAGGUAAGUGUAAUGCAAAUUAGUUGUAGCGUAGAGACAUGCGGCAUCUUCAAGUGCAAAUAAGCUAACCAUAAAACUGUGUCUUCGUAGACAAACUCCGGUCUUCAGUGCAGGCAUGGCUAGCCUUUUUGAUUGAAUCACGUAUGUUAUGUUUAUCCGUUUAUCUGUUUGAUUACGGUGUAUGUACAAAUGUGAUAUCAUCACAUUUUUUUUAAUAAUAUAGACAUUAUCAGUAA